AUGACUGAACAGCUCAAUGAAACGUCAGAAAUCAUUCGAAGUGAGGGAAAAAAAUCCAGUAUUUCCGCAGACGAGACACUUCAGAACUCUCAGAUGUUAGAUGAUUUAGAAAACGAUUAUCAGUUUUUCCGAAAGUUGGUCAAAAACAAUAUAUUUCAAUUGACAAACGUGUCGGAUCAACGAGCGAUUUCGACUUGGCUGUGCAGAUGUGACGAGGAACGUGACAAGUCGAUAAAAUGCGGGAUCAUCAAACUGAUGCUGGUGUCGCUCCAGCACUCUUGCGGUAACAUGAAAUUAUUCAGACAUUCAGCCCCGAAAAAUUUACCGUAUCUAGUCAACACUCCGAAUCACCUCAGAGAGUUGGUCGACGACAUGUUAACGAACUUCGACUCAGACUCGGACGGCGACUAUGAAACCGACUGCAAAUCUCCGCGACGUAAAACUGUUUGUUCAUCCACCGCCGCCGUGUCACCGGACAUGACCAGCGUCGCCACUGCGUUCGCCGACGACCGUUGCGUGCAAGUGUUCUAUGCCAGGUCCGAUCAUUCAGUGAACACGUGGCGUUUACCGGAUUGCGUCCGGUUUCCAGUGAACAGCCGUUCGGCUUCUCGGUGGGAGAAGGCGUUGACGACCGGUUGCCCGCGGUCUGCUCGAGCGGCCGACGCCUCUAGAAUUGCGCAGAAGAACAUCAAAAAGGUCUGGGAUUUGCCGGUUUUCUUACCAGACGAAGGAAAACCGUGGAAAACACCGAAGUGGAAUACUAGUGAACCCGAUUUGAGUCCCAUGGAACAAAAAUGUCGUGGGUUGAUGUCAGAGCAACUGUCACGUGUGGUCGACGAAUUUCGUUGGUACGAACACAGCCGGCUGGACGGCAGUUUGAGACCUAUGACUAAAUUUUGUAUUGAUAAAGACAUAUGUAGACAGGAGAAAAACCAAUCGGAAUUGGACGAACAAGCUAUUAACGUAGCCAACAAAAUAUAUCCAGAACGUAUUCGAAUGGUCGUCGAUCCGCGUCUUAUCGCUGAGGUGAUUGGUACAGACUCACCGAGCCGAUGGGAUUCGUGA